AUGUUACUCAGUGGUGGAUUUGUCAAUAAACCGAUGCACUUACAGGAACGGGAGAGACAAGAGUCAUCAGAUAUCCUUGAGGAGCUAAUGAUGCAGGGAAUAAUCAAGAGCCAAAGUACAACUUUUAGAAAUGGAGAAGCAGAUGCCAAGAGCGAAGCCCUGGAAAAGCCACUAAAGAAACCACCAGCCAAGCUGGAAAAGCUUAAGAUCGAAAAGAAGGAAGUGAAUGCUUUAACAAUGAAGGACAUUAAAAAUUCUGCCGAAGAAAGAAGAAAGACUAAAGAAGAGCAACCGAAAGAAAGAUUUCAGAGUGGCAGACUUUUUCCAGCAAUUGCCCAUCAAAAUAUUGCUGAGCUGAAUGAGGAAGGCUAUUCAACUUCAGAAGGUCAAGAAGGUACAAACAUUGUUCAGCCUUUAUCAUUCGACCUGGAGACAGAGACUCUGCUGGAGAAGGAGGAAAUAGCUGUCGAAAUUGUAAACAGCAAUUCAGAACACUUUGGUGCUGUGGAGUCUGAUACAAUUUAUAACACCAGUUUAAAUGAAGCAUUCUGA